AGCUGUAAAGCCAGAGUUUGUGACAGUCGUUGACCUCCUUCGCAGGCCCAAGCUCCAGAGCACCAGGUCAGAACUCCGAGUCUGGGUCUGCAGCCGCAGGGCCCGGCCCAUGGUGGAACCCUAAGCGAGGGGAGUACGGGUGUUGCCCGGACUGAGACGCGGUUGCAGUGCGGCCGGCGAACACCGCGGCGUUUCUUCCGUAGCUCUCGCGAGAGGAACCAGAGCAAGAUGGCUGCGCCGGGUCUUUCCGUGUGAGGAGGCGGCGGCAGCGGCGGCGGCGGCCGGCGUCGUGUAGUCGUGGGCUCCUGAGCUGCGGCUCUCCUCGUCCCAGACGAGGGCCGCCGACUGCGGGAGAUGCGCGCGUCGCGGAGCCGCGGCCGCCCCAGGAGUUCAUGCUGCGUGCGAGGCUCGCGGCCGCCGCUCUAAUCUCCCGGCGCCGCCGCCGCGCCGGCUCGGCCCGCGGUGAGCCUCCCGGAGCCUGCCUUGCGCGCCGCGGCGGCGAUGACCGGGGAGAAGAUCCGCUCCCUGAGGAGGGAUCACAAGCCCAGCAAAGAGGACGGGGACGUGCUGGAGCCGUGCGAAGAGGAGGCGACGGCCGCGCUCGGCGGCGCCUUCACGGGGGGCAGAAGCGGAGCGGGCGGCAGCGGCAAGGGCGGCAAGGCCUGCCAUAAGAUCUUCAGCCACCACCACCGGCUGCAGCUGAAGGCACCCGCCGCGCUCAGCCCCGGCGCCCCGGCCCCGCCGCAGCACAACGCGGUGACCGCCACCUGCCCGGCCCCAGCCUGCCUGGGCAGCAACCCCGCGGCCGUGGUCGCAGACGGAGGCAGCUGCCCCUCGCUCUACCCGGUGCACGAGAGCGUCUUUAAGGGGGACGUGAGGAGGCUUUCCUCGCUCAUCCGCACGCACAAUAUCGGACAGAAGGAUAAUCACGGAAACACUCCUUUACAUCUUGCUGUGAUGUUAGGAAAUAAAGAAUGUGCACAUUUACUGUUGGCUCACAAUGCUCCAGUAAAGGUGAAAAAUGCUCAGGGAUGGAGCCCUCUGGCGGAAGCCAUCAGCUAUGGAGACAGACAGAUGAUCACAGCUCUUCUAAGGAAACUCAAGCAGCAAUCCAGAGAAAGUGUUGGAGAAAAACGACCUCGGUUAUUAAAAGCCCUGAAAGAGUUAGGUGACUUUUACCUAGAACUUCACUGGGAUUUUCAAAGCUGGGUGCCUUUGCUUUCCCGAAUUCUGCCUUCUGAUGCCUGUAAAAUAUACAAGCAAGGUAUCAACAUCAGGCUUGACACAACGCUCAUAGACUUUACUGACAUGAAGUGCCAACGAGGGGAUCUGAGCUUCAUCUUCAAUGGGGAUGCUGCACCCUCUGAGUCUUUUGUAGUGUUAGACAAUGAACAAAAAGUUUAUCAGCGAAUACAUCAUGAGGAGUCAGAGAUGGAAACAGAAGAAGAAGUUGAUAUUUUAAUGAGCAGCGAUAUUUAUUCUGCAACUUUAUCAACCAAAUCGAUUUCUUUCACACGUGCCCAAACUGGAUGGCUUUUUCGGGAAGAUAAGACAGAAAGAGUAGGAAACUUUUUGGCAGACUUUUAUCUGGUGAAUGGACUUGUUCUAGAAUCAAGGAAAAGAAGAGAACAUCUCAGCGAGGAGGACAUUUUGCGGAAUAAGGCCAUCAUGGAGAGCCUGAGCAAAGGUGGGAGCCUGACGGAACAGAACUUUGAGCCGGUUAGAAGACAGUCCCUUACCCCUCCUCCUCAGAACACUAUUACGUGGGAAGAAUACAUAUCUGCUGAAAAUGGAAAGGCACCACACCUUGGCAGAGAACUGGUGUGCAAAGAAAGCAAGAAAACAUUUAAAGCCACUGUAGCCAUGAGCCAGGAAUUUCCCCUGGGAAUUGAGUCAUUGUUGAAUGUUCUAGAAGUUAUAGCACCCUUCAAGCACUUUAACAAGCUUAGAGAAUUUGUUCAAAUGAAGCUUCCUCCAGGCUUUCCUGUAAAAUUAGAUAUACCUGUGUUCCCCACGAUCACAGCCACUGUGACUUUUCAGGAGUUCCGAUGUGAUGAGUUUGAUGGGUCCAUCUUUGCCAUCCCUGAAGACUACAAGGAAGACCCGAGUCGUUUUCCUGACCUUUAACUGAUGGAGAAGAGCAAGAGACUCUAGGUGGCAGGGACAGAGCUUCUGUACGAAGUCGACACGUCAGUGAUGUGAUGAGAAACUGACCUCUAAUAAAACACCCGCAGCCUCCUGACGUGCCAUUCAUUCAUCUUUUUACAGUCACCACUUCCUGUCUGUAGUAGUUUGACACCCAGUGACCCUGAGACCUUCCUGUGUAAAGCAGCUGUGAGUGCUGUGAUUUGUUUUUAAAGAUUUUUACACUUCUUGUUAAAAUAUAUAUGCAUAUAAAUAUAUCUAUAGCUAUAUCUAAAACACUCCUGGACCAUUAACGUGAAUUCAGUGUCUUAAGAGAUAUGAAACCCUUUGAAACGUGUCCCCUUCUAUCCAGGGUGGCAUGUAUACAUGUUCCUUUAAACUUUGUUUUCAUCAUUAUGUAUAGUUCUGUAAUUUGGAUGUUUGGUGAACUAGAAGGAAUGCAGUUUUCUGAGGUGAACAAAGCAAUGGUAUUCAUCAAAAAUUUGCAUUUACAGCCUGCUGCAAUACAUUCCGAGGGAGUGCUCCCUGCAGGGAAUGCGGUGCCGCCAGCACCUGGUAACAGCUGCAUUUACAGCUGCAGUGCAUUCUGCAGGAGUGCUCCCUGCAGGGAAUGCGGUGCCCCCAGCACCUUUGUGCAGCUCAUUGUGGUGCUCUUUGUUUUACCUUGAAUCCUUUUUCAGUGGAAACUGUUUGUUACUGAUCUUCCUUUCAUAGAACCUCUAUUUUUUCCCCUAACUUUGAGUUUAAAGGUCCUUAUUCUGUUGAUAGGUACGGUAACAUGCUCACAGCUGGCCCUCUCCCAAGUAUCAGCACUUUACACAAAUUCCAAAUUUUUAAACUUGCUUCUUAGUAAGCGCACAUGAGUCAGAUUAUUUUUAAUGGAACAUGGAUGCAUUGGUGUCAUUUUCAAAAAUAUGUAUUUUGGACAACUGUGUAUGUAAUGCUUUCAAAAUAAGGUUAAAAACAUUUUAUAUGCUACAAUAUAUUUGUUAUAGGCUAAAAGUCCAGAGACAUAAAAGAUUGAAAGUUUUUUUUUUAAUUCACAAGAAAAUAUUUACUGAUUUCUGUCUCCAAAGUAUUAAAAUCAUGCGUUAUUCAUGUUUGCACUUAAAUUUUUUUCAUAUUUAUUACAAGAUGGUUUGAAGGUCCAAGAAUGAAAAUAAAUUAGGGAGAAUAAUGUCUAAAUCAUAAAGUAUCAUGUUGUGUUAAAGACUUAGCUAAUGUUUAUGUUCUGGUAAGUCAGAGACGCACCUGUCUGCUUGUUAAUAGAGUGACCAGUAGUUUAAAACUUUUACCGAGAUUUUUAUUGAAGAGAUUACUUAUUAAAAUAUCCAAAGUAUCAGCCAUGAGAUAAUUAUCUUUACAGUUGCAUUUCACAUAGUGAUACCACCUUGCAUAUUGCAUAUGUUGGCAUUUUAUUACUUUUUAUAAGAAAAAUAAUCAAGUUAAAAAUUCAAAGCCCUAAUCGCUCCAGUAAGUGAUCUGUUAUAUUUUAAGAACUGAGAAGCCCAGACCUAGCCUGAUGCAAUGGAGAUUGGUUCCUGGAUUCAGACAGUUCUGUUGUCCUAAGGUCCAAGGAAAGGCAGUGACCACUGUUGGCUUAGGCUCCUUGGCUCUGUAGACCAUAUAGGAAAAAAAUGUAAAUUUCAGCUCCCUUGGAACUUAGAAUUUCUUAACAUAUGUGAAUAUUUUGCUGGGUUACACUGGAGAUAGGACUACUGAAAAUUGUUGCACUGGAUUGUACUACUGAAAAUUGUUGCACUGGAUUGUACUACUGAAAAUUGUUGCACUGGAUUGUUUUUAAGACUUAAAUUUUUUUUUAAUGAAUAGUAAAAUCAGAUUGUCCAUUCCAAAAUGUUUUUUCUCUGAUCACAAAGAACAAAUGUUAUCUCUUAUGAUGGUGGAAAAAAAGGAGUUAAUUAAUGCAAAUAAACUUUUCACAAUAUUA